AUGACGGCUGACGCGCAGCUCAAGCCACUCAAAGCAACUGUGAACUGUGACAUGGGCGAGGGCUACGGCUUGUACUCAAUGGGAGAUGAUGAGGGCCUCAUGAAGACCAUCCACCUCGCCAACAUUGCCUGCGGUUUCCACGCAUCGGACUUCAACAUCAUGGCGCAGACAGUACAUCUAGCUGAGGAGAACAAUGUACGCAUAGGAGCACAUCCAUCACUGCCGGACCGACAAGGGUUUGGGCGGCGCGAGAUGGCGAUGGAGCCUGAAGAGCUCAAGAACUGCUUCACAUACCAAGUCGGCGCGUUACUGGGCUUCAUGCUUCCACGCCGCUUGGAACUGAACCAUAUCAAGCCGCACGGCGCUGUUUACGGUCAGAUUGCGCGUUCUUUGCCGCUUGCACAGGCAGCGGUGGAAGUCUGUAAGGCAUUCUCAACGCCCGAGCACAAAAUCGCGUUCAUGGGACUCGCCGGUACCGCACACCAGUACGCAGCUCAAGAUGCUGGGGUGCCGUUUAUAGCGGAAUGGUUCGCGGAUCUGGACUACAACGAGCAGGGCAAGUUGCUGAUCACCAAAAAACAUGCAACGGUACCGCUCGAUGAGGUCAAGAAGCGCGUGCACACGUUGCUCAAAGAGCACAAGGUGACAACCAACACCGGAACGCUCCUGCCUAUCGGCGAGGGCGUCGAAGAGGUCUCGAUCUGCUGCCACAGUGACACGCCGGAUGCGGUGAAGAUCGCGGAAUGCGUCAAGCAGAUCGUCGACGAGAAUAACCGCAACGAAGCGUAUUCGGAGCACAUCCAGGCUGCCUUACAUGCGAAGUAA